GUAGCACCCUAUUUUUGUGUUUUUGGGGAAAAAUUAGCACUUUGUUAGUGGAGUUGAGUGCAAGGGGUAAAAGCCUGGCUUUCUCCAUGCUGCAUUGAUCCCGCCUACAGUAUAUAUAUAUACACACACGCAAGUUCCGUUUGUUUUAGGGUUUGUGAAAGGGUUUAAGUACACUCAUGGCUUUCAACGCUAAGCAAAAGGGUAAAGAAGAAGAAGAACCUUACAAAAUGGAAGAAGAAGAAGAAGAAGACGAUGAUGAAGAAGAACAAGUGUGGGACGAUUGGGAAGGAGACGAGGGAGACCCACAAUUAGAAUUUCUCUGUCUGUUCUGUGAUUCCCACUACGGUUCGUGCGGUUCCUUGUUCGACCAUUGUGCUUCCCUUCACCACUUCGAUUUCCAUGCCAUUAGAAAAGCCCUUAACUUGGAUUUCUAUGCCUCCUUCAAGAUCAUUAACUUUAUUCGCUCUCAGGUGGCCGAGAGAAGAUGUUGGAGCUGUGGAUUAACAUGUCAGUCCAACAAUGACUUGCAGAAUCAUUUGCAUGAUGUGACCAACUUUAAUGAUAUAAAGAAGGCUCUGUGGGAUGAUGAUAGAUAUCUAAAACCUUUCAUGCAAGAUGAUUCUCUAUUGUACAGUUUUGGUGAAUGCGGCGAAGAAGGUGAAGAUGAGCAAAUUACUCCGAUGGAUGAAGAUCUUUUGAGGGAUUUGAUGAUAACUGAAGAGACAUUCCGUGACGAUCAAAGUGUUGCAAUAAAAGUGGGGGUUAAUGGUGGUGAAUAUGAUGCUUGUAGAAGAAUGGAAACUGCUUCUGCUUCUAAUGAUUGUUUGAACUGGGCUAGUCCUUCAAACAAGGAACUUAGUAAUGGUAAGGAUUCAAGCGGAAAUGUUUCAUGCAGUGAUAGGGAUCCAGAAGAAGGUUAUUCAAUGGCUUAUUCUCAAAAUCACAUUGCAAAGCAUAUUAUGAAGGUUAAUGAAAAUUAUUUUGGGUCUUACAGUUCAUUUGGUAUCCAUCGAGAGAUGUUAAGUGAUAAGGCGAGAAUGGAUGCCUAUGGGCAAGCAAUUUUGAAGAAUCCCUCUCUAAUAAAUGGUGCUGUGGUUAUGGAUGUAGGUUGUGGAACUGGAAUCCUCAGCCUAUUUGCAGCAAAAGCAGGGGCUUCAAGGGUUAUUGCAGUUGAGGCUAGUGCAAAGAUGGCAGCGGUGGCAUCUCAGGUUGCAAAAGAUAAUGGUCUUUGGCUAAGUAAAGGCCAAAAUGGAGUCAAUGCCCUCCAGAAGGGAGUUGUAGAAGUGGUUCAUGGUAUGGUUGAAGAGAUUGAUAAAACAGCUGAGCUUCAACCUCACAGUGUUGAUGUAUUACUCAGUGAAUGGAUGGGAUAUUGCCUGUUGUAUGAAUCCAUGCUUGGUUCAGUGCUUUUCGCACGGGAGCGGUGGUUGAAGCCUGGCGGUGCCAUUCUUCCUGACACAGCAACUAUUUUUGUUGCAGGGUUUGGAAAAGGAGCUACAAGUCUUUCAUUUUGGGAAAAUGUGUGUGAUUUUGACAUGUCUUGCAUUGGGAAAGAGCUUGUCAUAGAUGCUGCCCGAAUUCCUAUAGUUGAUAUUGUGGACUCUCAAGAUUUAGUUACCAGUUCUGCGAUUCUUCAGACCUUUGACUUGGCAACCAUGAAGCCUAAUGAAGUGGAUUUUACUGCAACUGCUACCUUGCAAUUGAAACCAACUGCUUCAGAUAAAAAUGAAAUGCGUUUAAAUUCUAAAACAUGCUGCUGGUGUCAUGGUGUUGUCCUAUGGUUUGAAACUGGAUUUACAAGCAGAUUCUGUCGUGAAACGCCAGUUGUGUUAUCCACAUCACCUUACACACCAAGAACACAUUGGUCACAAACAAUUUUGACCUUUCGGGAACCAAUUGCAAUGGGAUCUGGAAAAGAAAACGGGGGUAAACUGGAAGCAAUUGGCACUGACGUGUAUCCUGCUGUGAAGAUUGAUUUGCGUGUCAGCAUUGUUCGUUCUACAGAGCAUCGCAGCAUCGACAUUUCCUUAGAAGCUGCUGGUGUUGAUCCUGAUGGCCGGAGACGCAGUUGGCCUGCUCAGCCUUUUUCUCUUCAUUAGGAAGCACGACAGAAGCAAAGAUCAUUUGUACUGGUAGUUUUUCUUGUUGGCACAGUUAGAAUCAGUUUUGGAAUGUUGUUGCUGUAAUUGCUAAAAUUUAAGUUUCUCUUGUACAAUGGAAAUAGCUACUUCUGCAUGCUCUUUGAACGCCAGACCCUGCCCAAUAUAUAAUGUUUCUCUAAUUCAUAUUUAUUAAAAAAAAAAUGCAAAACUUAGGGGCAGUACUU